GGGCAGUUGAUGGCUUUAGCAGGAAAGUGCUUUGGUUGGAGGUCACAAGGUCAAAUAAUUUACCAGAAGCUGUUGCGAAGUUCUACUUAGAUGCUGUACGACAAAAUGAAGGUUGCCCAUUACAAACACGAACUGACUGCGGAACGGAAAAUGGUGUAAUUGCUGGAGCACAGUGUUACUUUCGAUCUGACGACAAUGCACCAUUUAGUGGAGAACAAGCUCAUAUUUUCGGGCCAUCAACACACAACCAGAGAAUUGAGAACUGGUGGUCUCAUUUCAAAAAAACAUGCUCAAGCUGUUGAAUUAUUUUUUUUAAAGAUCUGGUUGAUGAAAGACAGUUGAAUUUAGAUGAGGACUUUACCAAUGAAUGCUUGUGGUUUUGUUUUAAUGGUGUUUUACAGAGUUCUAUUGAUGAAACACAACGAUACUGGAAUACUCUUUACAUUAGGCCAUCUCGUCAUGAAACAGUCGCUGGAGUGCCAGAUGUACUAUUUGCAAUCCCGGAAGAAUUUGGAGCAUUUGAUUGCCGAGUGGAAGUUGGGAGCGAAAAGUUACAGGAAAUUGAGGGAAAUUGUGCAGAUGCCCAUGCAGAUGAAGAAAACAUAUUUCAAGAAUAUUUUCACUACUACAUGGAGAGCCAAGGAAGGCAAUAUCCUGUCAAUUACAAUGAAGCAUUGGAACUCUUUUCUAUUCUUAUGACAUACAAUGAAUGA